CAAACUUUUUCAUCAAACUUUUUGGUCAAAUUUUUCCAUUCUGCCCACUCAUGCCACACGGUGGAUUUAUUUGGUCAACCUUUUCGAAUAUGGCACCCGUCCAGUCAAGACUUCUAUUUGCUCUGGCAGCUGGUUCAGCUGUUGCUGCAAUGGCUGCAGCUGUGGCAUACCACAAGAUGAAGCGUCGCCGUACUAAAAGAACUGUAUGGGUCAGAAAAUGGAUCCAGAGGAGAAAAACAAGGGGAUCGUAUGCCAUGCUAGUAGAUGAGUUGCGACUAGAGGAUCCAGGAUCAUACAAGAAUUAUUUGAGGAUGGAUGAGGAGACGUUUGAGCACCUAGUUCAACUGGUGACGCCUUACGUGGCAAGGGAAGACACCAACAUGCGCGAGGCAAUUACUCCAGCAGAACGUCUGGCGGUUACUCUAAGGUUCCUAGCCACUGGGGAAACUUUCCAGAGUCUUCAGUUUUCAACACGGCUGAGUCGCUCAACAAUCGGUGCAAUAAUACCAGAAACGUGCUGUGCAAUCUACGAAACCUUAAAGAUGGAUUAUAUCAAGGUGCCGUCGAACGAACAAGAAUGGCUCAAGGUUGCAGAGGAAUUUGAAACAAAGUGGAACCUUCCCCACUGUUUGGGUGCAAUGGACGGAAAACACGUUGUUUUCCGCCCACCAUUGCGCUAUGGCUCCUAUUUCUACAACUAUAAAGGCACCCAUAGUAUUGUUCUGUUUGCAUUGGUUGAUGCCGACUACAAGUUCUUGAUGAUUGAUGCUGGAACCAACGGUCGUGUCGGAGAUGGAGGUGUUUUCAGGAAGAGCGAUCUCAAUAACGCUAUGGCGGAUGGGACUAUACAUUUUCCUGAGGCAAAACCCUUACACGAUUGCGAUGCCACCAUGCCCUAUUUUUUCGUAGCAGAUGAUGCUUUUCCUUUACAAACUGACAUCAUGAAGCCGUAUCCAUUUAGAAAUCUUGAUAAAGACAAACGUGUUUUCAACUACCGCCUGAGUCGGGCUAGGCGUGUGGUUGAAAAUGCAUUUGGGAUAUUAGCUAACAGAUUUCGCGUGUUUCUUGCUCCUAUUCUGCUAUCCCCUGAGAAAGUGCAGAUGAUCAUUCUGGCUGCUUGUGCACUGCACAACUUCCCGAGGGUCCAUAAUUCGGCCAAGUACUUCCCUCCCAGGGCAGUAGAUAGGGAACAAUUAAACCGCGGUGUUGUAGCUAAGGGGGAUUGGAGAUCAGUUAAGAAAGCUGAGGGGGCUUUCCAAGGUAUUGAACAUCAGUCUGGAAACCGUUAUGCCAAUGAUGCACAAUCACAAAGAGAUGCUCUGCGCGGCUAUGUGAAUGGCAUCGGACGAGUAGCAUGGCAGGACAGAUUUUGCAGCUGA